AUGCCGAAAUUGGAGCAACAUGUUUCCUAUCUUCCACAUCAUCCUGUGUUCAAAGAAGCAAGUACAACAACCAAGGUACGAGUCGUUUUCGAUGGUUCUGCAAAGACAUCAACCAGUCAUUCGUUGAACGAAGCUUUGUUGACUGGACCAGUCAUUCAAGACGAGCUGUUGGAUUUGAUGCUCCGGUUUCGAAAACAUCCGGUAGCAUUGGUAGCAGAUGUAGAGAAGAUGUACCGGCAAAUAAAAGUCCACUCUGGCGACACAUCUUUACAACGGAUCAUAUGGCGUUUCAAUGCACACGAACCGAUCAAGGUAUAUGAGCUGCAAACGGUUACAUAUGGGCUUUCUCCUUCUUCCUUUCUUGCAACGCGUGUACUCCAACAUUUGGCUGAUGAUUGCGGGCACAACUAUCCUCUCGCCGUCACUGCACUGAAGGAGGAUUUUUAUAUGGACGACUUCUUGUCAGGUGCGCAAUCUACGGAAGAGGCAAAAGAGUUACGAAAUCAAAUACAAUCCCUCCUACGGGAAGGUGGAUUCCAACUGAGAAAAUGGAACUCGAACAAACCAGAGGUACUAGCCGACCUACCACCAGCUAGCAUAGAAAGUUCUCCAACGCUGCAAUUCGAACCGGAACACAGGGUUAAAACCUUGGGUGUUGUUUGGGAAACAAAGCUGGAUCAACUAUGCAUCGAAGUACGGGAAGCAUUUAACCAUAGUGUUUGGACUAAACGGAAGGUGUUCUCGGUCAUCGCUCAGCUGUAUGAUCCUCUUGGACUAGUAUCACCGGUAAUUUCUUGGGCAAAAUUUCAAAUGCAGCAUCUCUGGUUGGCCUCUGUUGGCUGGGGCGAGCCAAUUCCUGACGAGCUUGAUAGUCGAUGGAGGGAAUUCUGUACGCAAUUGCCACUUCUUCAACGCUUUUCGGUGUCCCGAUACAUUCUUGUGUCAUCCUGGGUGAAUGUCGAAUUUCACGUUUUCUGCGACGCUUCUGAAGCUGGCUACGGUGCAUGUAUUUACACUAGAUCAACCGGCAGGGAUAGGACAAAUACAACAAAGCUCACAGCCGCAAAAUCACGAGUAGCGCCUCUGAAGCGGCUUAGCCUACCACGGCUGGAACUAUGUGCUGCACUCUUAGGGGCCAAACUGUAUGCAAGAGUAUCUGCAGCGCUGAGGAUGGAGGGAAUUCCCUGCUGGUUUUGGACCGAUUCCAUGGUCACACUGCACUGGAUACGUGCACCGCCAAACACAUGGCAAACGUUCGUUGGCAAUCGUACCGCUGAGAUACAACAACUAUCGCAUGGACAUAAAUAG